AUGCCUCCAAGAGUGAAUCCCCCUCGGGCUGCAAAGCCGAACGGUAAAGAACCAGACAAGAAUGGAAAACGCAAGAAAGACGACGGAGAUGGAGCUGCAGGCGCAACUCCAAAGAAGAAGGCAAAAACGGCAAUUCCGCAAGUCCUCAACGAGGAAGCUCUUGCAACCGAUCUCAACACUGAUUAUUCGAGAAAAAGGAAGAGCCUCAGGACCCAAAUGCCUAAGAAACAGCAAUGGGGAAAAGUAAAAGAUAUGAUCACAGAGCGGGAGAAUGCACCGAAAGGUUGGAACUCAGAUGAGCCCGAUCUGAUGCCUGAUGACUUCGAAUCUCAGAUCGACCGGUGUGCUGAGCGGAUUGCAAAUAAUAUCAUGCCUCAGGUCUAUCAACGGAAAAUGAAUAAAUUUAUUGCAAGGAAGGGGGAACGCGAUACACUGAUGGCUGCUGAGCCAGGUUUAAGUUGGCCAGUUGUACAACGCCUAGAGGAUCUUAAACUUAUUUUGACUUGGCUUGAGGAGUCAAAGGACGUACAUAAAAUGGUUGAUACAGUCCAAGCCAUCAUGGUACAAUACCGAUCAGGUGCAUUGGAUUGGCAUCCAGACUUUGUCACAUACUGGCAUGCUGGAGUUCAGCUCUGCCUGCCGAGACCUUUCCACUGGGAUGAAUACCGCUACCUUCAUGACAAAAGUCAGGGACAUGAAGGGUUUUGGGUCGAAGGUAUUUUCGGGCCUGGGCCUGGAUUGAGCAAGACUUCAAUGGUGAGACUUACCCUUCGAAUCCCGCAAGUCCCGCCCCCGCCGCCUGCUGAUGGAAAUCCGCCGCCACCCAAACCGCCAUGCUGUGAAUUCUCGUUCAUGGAUGACACCGGGUCUACACAUAUGAGCAUAUUUGAAGACGAUAUUGCAGAGCUUCAGGUCGAUCCACGCACUGGACACAGGUUCUCCAUUCCCCGAUGUCUAGGUAUUGGGGUUCUCUAUGUCGCAGAUGGGAGGCGGGUCCCAUCGCUAUUUAGAGAAUUCGAAGUCAACAUGUGGAGUGAGGAUGAAUCGGGCUGGAUGGCCUCCAAAUGGGAGGCGAUACCAGCUUCUAUCCGACCUGGUGGAUCAACGAGAGCAGGCAAUGACCGUUUGAGCGGGUCAUGGCUGCGACACAGAUUUUACACUGGAACUACUCCUGAUCAGUCGAUGCGUCUUUGGGUUUUUAACUAUAAUCCCGGCAUACCACAUGGUCAGAGGACCCUACCGACCGCGACGACGGCACAAUUGGCCGCACCCUUCCGAACUGGAAGGCUUCAUCCAGUUUCAGACUUUCCUCAUCUUGACCCAAAUCUCGCAACAGGACAAAGUUUGAUAUAA